AUGGGUUCCUCCUCGUCGCUUCUCUGGCCGGGCUCGAAAUCAAGCACCGGCCUCCCAAUUUGGUGCGUCUGCCUCGACCCGUACAGCGAAAAGCGAUACUUGCAGCAAGACGCUAGCGAAGAUCAACAUGGAGGUGAAGUACGGCAGUACCUGCUGUUCGGGAUGCAGGUGGACGCACAGUCCGGACGAGUCGACCGCGUUGACGUCGGCUGCGUGGGACACCAAGCGGGGUUUCGGGUGGGGGACAUUUUGGAGGGAGUGUUGGGGUUUUCGUCUCUACAGGCGUACAGUGAGGCAAUCGGGCGAAGGGAUGAAGCUACUUCGGAGGAACCGUCGAGAGUUGUGCAUUUUCUUCGCAAAGGUGUGCCCUUGGAACUGGAAAUUCCAGGGGUCGGGUGACUGCUCGCAAGAUGCGGAACGAAAUGCGUAAUAGUGCAAGUGCGUGAAGAAACACGGAACAAGAAAGGCAGAAAUACAUCGCGUGCUGUAGAAUUUUUGAAUAAGAAACGAGCGGCCGCAGAACAAUUCAAGAAAUGAAUCACUCGCACAU